ACGGCCCCUUUUGCUGAGCUCUGAUUGGUGCGAUUUGAAAAAUAUGUUUGUCGGUUGACGGAGGGAGCGAACUUUGAAUUUCUGAGUGGAGAACAGGAAGCUAAGCUAACGGCGUCGGAACAAAAAGAAGCUAAGAUGCUAAGGCCAGUAAAGGGUAAAACCCCCAGAAGAGCUCCUCCUAAAAAACCUACAAACAACCUGAAGGAUCCUGUCGGAGUGUACUGUCGUGUGCGUCCACUGGGUGCAGAAAAUGAAGAGUGUUGCAUUGAGGUGAUCAGCAGUUCUACCAUCCAGCUCCAUGCCCCUGAUGGCCUCAAAGCCAAUAGAAAUGGGGAGUUUAAAGAGACCCAGUAUUCCUUCAAGAAGGUUUUUGGAAUUAAAACCUCACAGAUGGAAUUGUUUGAGGAUGUUGCAAAACCUCUUGUAGAAGAUCUUAUUCAUGGCAAAAAUGGUCUUCUAUUUACCUAUGGUGUCACUGGCAGUGGAAAAACCUACACAAUGACUGGUUCCCCUGGCCAAGGUGGGCUGCUGCCUCGCUCUCUGGACAUGAUCUUCAACAGCAUUGGUCCCUACCAGGCCAAAAGAUUUGUCUUUAAGCCAGAUGAUAAGAAUGGCAUGGAAGUGCAAAACCAAGUGGAUGCUCUUUUGGAACGACAGAAACAAGAGAGUCAGACAUCUGUACCAAAGACUCCAUCCUCAAGGCAAAGAAUUGAUCCAGAGUUUGCUGACAUGAUCAAUCCAGAAGAAGCCUGUAAGGCUUCAGCAGUGGAUGAAGACAGUAGCUACAGUGUGUUUGUCUCUUACAUAGAGAUAUACAAUAACUACAUCUAUGAUCUCCUUGAGGAGGUGCCAUAUGACCCAAUUAGGCCCAAGUGGAAUGGUGCAGGGACUCCUCUGAGGCUCAACACUGAGUUCAUACCACCACAGUCAAAGAUUUUACGUGAAGAUCAAAACCACAACAUGUAUGUGGCUGGAUGCACAGAACUUGAAGUGAAAUCAACAGAGGAAGCGUUUGAAGUCUUUUGGAGAGGUCAAAAGAAGCGGAGGAUUGCAAACACUCAGUUAAACCGUGAGUCCAGCAGAUCACACAGUGUCUUCAUCAUUAAACUUGCACAAGCUCCACUAGAUGCAGAUGGAGACAAUAUCCUUCAGGAUAAGAACCAGGUGAAUGUGAGUCAGUUGUGUCUGGUGGAUCUGGCUGGCAGUGAACGCACAAGCAGAACCCGUGCAGAGGGCAGUCGCCUUCGGGAAGCAGGCAACAUCAAUCAGUCUCUGAUGACUCUCCGCACAUGCAUUGAAGUGCUCAGAGAGAAUCAGAUGUGUGGAACAAAUAAGAUGGUUCCCUACAGAGACUCUAAGGUGACCCAUCUGUUUAAAAACUAUUUUGAUGGUGAGGGGAAAGUCAGAAUGGUGGUCUGUGUGAACCCUAAGGCUGAUGAUUAUGAAGAAACAAUGCUGGUGAUGCGGUUUGCUGAGAUGACACAAGAAGUAGAAGUGGCACGACCUGUUGACAGGCCCAUCUAUGGCUUUGCUGCAGGACGCCGACAGAGAAACCAGGCCUUCAAAGAAGAACUGUCUCGUCGGCUAGAGGAACGUGGAGGCCCCGUAGAUGCAGAACCUUCCACAAGCCUGAACCAGCUGGUGCAAAAUAUGCCUCCACUGCCUUCCUGUGAAAUCUCUGACCCUACAGAUGACCAUACACUUCCUAGAUUAAUUGAGGCCUUGGAGAAGCGGCAUAGGAUCCGUCAGAUGAUGACUGAAGAGUACAACAAAUCGGCCAAUAUGCUGAAGUCAAUGCUUCAAGAACUCGAUGGCAACCUGAUUUCCAAAGAGAAUUUUAUCCAUGACCAACGGAGCAAGCUUGGUGAGAAGGACAAAAUGAUCCAGAACCAGAAAAAUGAGAUUGAUCGCCUGGAGAAGAAAUCCAAGAUGCUGGAGUAUAAGAUUGACAUCCUGCAGAAAACCACAAAUAUCUAUGAGGAGGAUAAGCGGACCUUACAGCAGGAGCUAGAGAGCAGAGAACAAAGGUUGCAGCGGGAGCUUUCUGAAAAGAAACGAAUGGAGGCACGCAUGCAAGGGUUUGUCUCGGACGAAAAGCUCAGGUGGCAGAAGGAGUGUGAGAGGCGGGUAAAUGCCAAGGAACUGGAAAUGCAGAACAAGCUUUGGGUAAAGGAUGAAAAGCUAAAGCAGCUCAAAGCUAUAGUAACAGAGAGCAAAGCAGACACACGACCAGACACACGACCGGAUAAACCCCAGCGACCUUCCAGAGAAAAGGACAGAGUUCCUGCAAAGAGAUCUGCCUCGCCUUCACCGAUGCCUGCCUCAGAAUAUAUCCAUCACAAAGUUGUCAGGGCAGCCCCGCUUUCUUCCAGCACUAGCAGUGUGUCUGUGGCCUCCUGCAUCUCAGAAUGGGAGCAGCGAACACCACAGGCCAAUAGGCAGGGCAGCCCCUCCCCUCCCCAGGGUAGAAGCAGAGUUCAGGGUCUUCCUGGAAGCCUUAGCAGGAGGAAAGGCAGAUGCUGGGCCAGAGACUAUGAGGUGCCAGCAGAUGCAGACCUAGAGGAGAGUGGUUACAGGACUGGGCCGGCGGUUCGGCCUCUGCACAGGCGCUCACAAUCAGCUGGUGGCGAGAGAUGGGUAGAUCACAAACCUACCACCAAUGUGGAACUUGACACCGUCAUGCAGCCCAGCGUUCCCAAUUCCAUCAAGGUUAAUACUCCCAGCGAGAAAGCCCUGUCCAAGUGUGAUAAAUACAUGCUGACACACCAGGAAGUGGCCUCUGAUGGAGAGAUCCAGACUAAGCUCAUUAAGGGUGAAGUGUUCAAAACUAGAAGUGGUGGACAAGCGGUUCAGUUCACUGAUAUUGAAACACUAAAACAAGAAAAUGCUGUUGGUCCAAGCCGUAAAAGGAGAUCAUCAGAAAACCGUCAGGAUGAGCGUAAGGAUGGUGACUGGACAGAUGUAGAGACCAGGUGUGCUGUGGCUGUAGAGAUGAGGGCUGGCUCGAACCUGGGACCCGGAUAUCAACAUCAUGGAUAUCCAAAACGCAGAAAGCCCUAAGCAUCGCUACUGUGAUGCUAUCACAGUCAAGAGUCCUUCCUUCUUGAAAUCUCCCAUCACUGUGCAAUACUUUCUACUAUUUAACUUUUUAAGAAUAUACUUUUAUAUGACACUUUUAUAUAUAGGCCUGUAUAUACAAGUUCACCAAAGUGGUUUUGUGAUGUAAUGCAUUUUCAACUUUAGUGUUACCAUCAGAUAUUCAGACCUAAUUUAAUCAAGUCCUCAGAGUAACUUGAGACAAAUGGUGUGGUAUGGUGUCUUAUUUCCCCGCUGACCCUCAAGUGUAUAAAUCAUAUCUAUAAUCCUUUCCUAUUUCUUGUAAUAGGCUGUUUCUGAAGUAGGGUAAUCCUAUGAAUGUACUAGUCUGGAUUGUGCUUUCUGAUUCGAACCUCAUUGAGUGCAAUUUUGAUUGUAGUUAAAUUCUUAGCAAAGCACUGUUUUCUCACUUGUAUUUUAUAACUACAGCUUGUGCAACAUUGAACACCGUGGCAUUCACAGUACACAUGGACUGUUAAUAGCAAUUCUUUUGGAUGUUAUUUUCACUUAAACUGAAUACUCAUGUACUCGUUA